UUUAACUAAAAAACGUUGGAAAAAAUAUUUGCUGAAUUUUAAAAAUGUCGAUAACAAAUGUUUUUAUACUGUUUAGUUGACGUUGAACUUGUUAAAUAUUGUUUUUCAAGUUGUUAAUAAUUAUUUUUUGUAUUAAAUGUGUGUGAUCACAUGCAAAGCAUUGGAAAAAUGAGAAGAAAAUUAUGGAUCAGAAGCCAUGGAGAGUGUCAAUAUCAACAACGUACAAUAUUUGCAAACGAAUUCGGAAUCACCGUGCCCAUCAAGUGCCUUCGGAAGCAAUCAGGCCGUAGACAUGGAAAUAACUCUAGUAAAUACUUCCCCAACACAAGAAAAUAGUGACAAUGACAAUGGCAAGUUGCCGGAUGUGGUUGUUGAGGCCACGAUUUGUAACAACGAGGAUCAAAUCCAGGAAACAUAUUUUUCCAUUGCAAUACAAGUGUUCAUUCCAUUCUUAAUUGCUGGUUUCGGUAUGGUAUUCGCUGGACUGGUGUUAGAUAAAAUACAGCAUUGGCCUGUUUUCGAGGAAAUAACUGAACUAGUAAUACUGAUACCAGCUCUUUUGGGUUUAAAAGGAAAUUUAGAAAUGACGCUUGCUUCGAGAUUAUCUACACAGGCCAAUUUGGGGCACAUGGACACCGCGAAACAGAAAAUUAGCAUCAUUGUUGGUAAUUUAACUCUGAUACAGUGCCAGGCAAUAGUGGUGGGAUUUUUGGGUGCCUUGGUGGCCGUAGUAAUGGGGGGUAUCAAAAGCAAUGACGUUGAAUUAGAUCAUGCUUAUCUUUUAUGUGCUAGUAGCUUAGUUACAGUUUCUAUAGCUAGCUUUGUGCUUGGAUUAAUAACAGCCGGUGUAAUAGUAUUUUCUCGACAUUGUCACAUUAAUCCGGACAACGUCGCUACGCCGAUUGCAGCCAGUUUGGGUGAUAUUACUUCGUUGACUUUAUUGUCAUGGAUUUCCAAGAUAUUAUAUGAAACUACUCAGGAUUGGCUGGCCCCACUAAUAAUAGCGGCCUACAUUCUAGCAAUACCUCUGUGGGUGUGGAUAGCCAAAAGGAAUCUUCAUACAAAAGACGUCUUGUACCACGGUUGGACGCCAGUAAUGGGUGCUAUGAUGAUAAGUUCCAUGGGGGGGUUAAUUUUAGAUUUUAUGGUUUCUCGUUUCGAAGGAAUAGCAGUAUUUCAGCCUGUAAUAAAUGGUGUUGGAGGUAAUUUAGUGGCAGUACAAGCUAGUCGUAUAUCAACAGCUUUACACAAGCAAGCUGAACUUGGUAUAUUAACAACGGAAAAUAAUGGAGAUGAAGACAACGUCAUAUUUAUAUCUCCCGUCAAAGGAUUCUGUGGAAAGGGGGUGCAUGCAAGGACUACUAGAGUUCUCAUGUCUAUGGUCGUUCCAGGCCAUAUCAUAUUUAUAUAUACCAUAGAUUACAUGAAAGAUGGAGACACAUCACUUAACUACUUAUUCGUAAUUGUUUAUCUGUGUGCUGCCAUGAUGCAAGUAGCAACAUUACUGUAUGUAGCCUAUAUCAUGAUUCACUGGAUGUGGAAAAGGAAGAUCGAUCCAGAUAAUUCUGCUAUACCAUAUUUGACAUCAAUUGGAGAUCUAUUAGGAAUAUCAUUAUUAGCAAUUGCUUUCCAGUUUUUGUACCUUGUCUCUGACCACGAUACAGAAACUGGCAACUAAUCAUUACAGUUCUGACCUGUUCACAUUACUUCGUCAGAAAUCUCGUGUUGUUGUGAUAAUAAUGCAAAUGAAAUGACAAUAGUCUAUGUUGUUUUCAAGUCAAUUCAACACAAAACUAUUUAGAGAAGAAAUAAAUGUUAUUUUAUUAUUAGAACAAAGAUACUAUAACAAAGAUGUAUUUUUCUUUUAUAGAAAUAAAAAUAGUAAUGCAAGAA